UUAUCUCCUCCUCCGUCUUCUUACUCAUAUUUAUAGCGGGAAAGCACACUUUGCAGAACUAGAAACCACUGUUCUGAAGACAUGCUUGUUUAGUUGCAAGAGGAAUAAAGCAGAAAUGGGAUCCUGUUGUUAUGGUGCUUUCUCUGCAAGUUCUCAUCUUUCAGUGACCGACUUCUCACGGGGGUUCAAGAGCCCCAAGCUUCCUUGUCUGUCUAAGCGGCAAGAAAGAUGGUUUGCUCGGCCUCAAGGAGCUCCAAAAAUUUCUGCUUACUACGGCUUGAGGACACCUCCUUAUAAACUUGAUGCUUUAGAACCGCACAUGAGUCGGAGGACACUGGAGACGCAUUGGGGAGGUCACCAUCGAAAUUAUGUAGAAGGAUUGAACAAACAGUUGGAAAAGAACCAAUUAUUGUAUGGCUGCACGUUGGAUGAGCUUGUCAAAGUAACAUAUAAUAAUGGAAACCCCUCACCCGAAUUCAACAAUGCUGCCCAGGUUUGGAAUCAUGACUUCUUUUGGGAAAGCAUGCAACCUGGAGGAGGGAGCAUGCCCAUACUAGGUGUCCUUCAGCAGAUCGAAAAGGACUUUGGUUCAUUUACAAAUUUCAGGGAGAAGUUUGUAGAAGCAGCGCUCACACUGUUUGGCUCUGGCUGGGUUUGGCUUGUUUUGAAGAGAGAAGAGAGACGACUUGCAGUAAUCAAAACGUCAAAUGCCAUUUGCCCACUAGUAUGGGAUGACAUACCAAUCAUCAGUUUAGAUAUGUGGGAGCAUGCUUAUUAUCUGGAUUACAAGAACGAUAAAGGGAAGUACGUGAAUGUUUUUAUGAACCACCUUGUAUCUUGGAAUGUGGCAAUGGCACGCAUGGCCCGUGCUGAGGCCUUUGUGAAUUUAGGCGAACCUAAAAUUCCUAUUGCUUGAGAUGUUGUUCGACCAAGAAUCUGCAGCUGAAUGACCCUUCCAAGUCACUUCAGGUUAGAGUUGGGAGUUCCAUGGUGGCAGGGGUAUUCUCUCCAUGUUUUGGUAAAGAAAGGUCUAAUGAUUUUUUUUUGUGAAACCGCUUCUAUAACACCAAUGACUGGUUGACCAGAAGAAAUUUUUGGAGUGUUCCAAAAGUCGUAAUGUUCCAUGGCGGCAGAGCUAGUUUGGUCAUGCUUUGCUACAAUGUUGUAAUGUUUUCUAUGAUGUUUGUGUAACACCAUUGAGUGGGUUGCCUAGAUGAUAUCUCCCAUUGUAAGAGAUGCCCAUGCUGUUUUUUGGCAGAGAAUGUACACUAGUAGUAGGUAUUUUGCCAUGUACUGAUUUUCUCAUGUGUGCCCAAAAAUAAGCGAAAUGAAGAAGUACAUUUUUGCUCUAGAUAACUAAUUUGUACUUAAUUAUUAUGC